AUGGAGCAUUUUAAGAUAAAUGAAGAGAAGGCUGAGUCAUUAAUGAUGAACUCCGGUAAUAGUAUUGAUCUCUCAAGAUUGAAGUUUGAAUUUGAGAUGGUACCACAAGGGAAGAAUAUUGACUUAGAUCCUUAUUACAAGGCUUAUCUCCUCUUUUUGUUGAGAGAAGUCAUUCUCCCAAACAACAACAACUCUUAUUCUCCCAUGUACAUACCACUGCUUGGAUUGAAUUUUGUCAACCACUAUGCUUGGGGAGCAGUUAUGUUGGAGAAUAUGAAAGAAUCUCUAGAAAAAGUGAAGAAAGUUGGGAAAUUCACAAGCUUAUGUGUUUUUUUGUACGCUCUUACAGUAUUUGCAUUAGAGCGGUUUCCAUGCCUUAGAGAAAGAUGUGGAUCAUCACCUCUAUAG